UCUUCUCAUCUACCUUCUUGAAUUCUCUGAAUUCUCCUCUAACUUCUCCAUCUAUCACUGCCCUUAGCUUCAACAUUGUUAGUUUCUACUUUUUUUGCAUUAACAUGAUGAAAUCCGCAACACUUCUCCUCUUUCUUUUAGCCUGCGUUGCUCUAGUGAAUGCUCAAAAUCAGAAGGCCAUUUUUAUUUUGGCCGGCCAAAGCAACAUGGCCGGCCGGGGUGGAAUUAAUUACGUCAACGCUACACCAGAAAUCCCAAAUGGCCAAGUAUGGGAUCAUUAUAUUCCACCCGAAUGUCAAUCAAACCCCCACAUCCUUCGCCUCAACGCGAAUUUGACAUGGGUAGUGGCAAACGAACCCCUCCACGCCGACAUAGAUUCUCCCAAGAAAACAUGUGGGGUAGGACCCGGAAUGGCCUUCGCAAACGAGGCGUUGAAGAGGAGGUCGUCCUUGGGUGUGAUAGGCUUGGUCCCUUGCGCAAAAGGGGGGACAGGCAUGUUCGAAUGGGGUCGUGGUACAAUACUGUACAACCGCACAAUGAAGCGUGCCGCGGCUGCAUUGCGGGGUGGCGGAAAACUUCACGCUCUCCUGUGGUAUCAAGGGGAGUUUGAAGCGGAAACGGGUGUCGGCUCUUUCGCCAUGGAUGUCCCGAGGUUUUUCAUGUCGCUACGCGAGGACCUUAAGGUACCCCGCCUUCCGAUUAUCCAAGUGGCUUUGCCACCCAAUGUGUUGAGAAAUUAUACAAAAGAAAUAAGAAACAUUCAACUCAAUCUCAAACUUCCUUUUCUAACCACGGUUGAUGCCAUAGGAUCGGAAUUGAAUACCGCUGAUCAUGUCCAUCUCACAACCCCAUCCCAAGUCAAACUUGGCAAAAAGAUGGCUAUGGCGUUUGUGAAUAUGAUCCAUUAAUUGACUAGUUAUAAUUCUGUUUGGCCUGGGUUUGUUGCCAUCUUCUCCUUGUAUUUUUUUUUUUAAUUUUUUUUUUAAAUUUGGGUAUUGUAAUGCAGUUUAUAAUGUAAUGAAGCUGUGUUUGUAUU